AUGUGCGACUCGCAUGCGUACGUCGCCUACGGCAUCACGGUCACGACCGAGUCGGUCCUGUACGCCGUCGCCGCGUGGCCAAAGCUCCAGGGCCCGUUCGCGUUCCUCGACCUCGUCGCGCUCCGCAAGCGCAAGGGCACGCUCGUCGCGACCAACGCGAGGGGCGCACCGCGCUCGCCUGUCGAGGCGAUCCCGAUCGAGGUGUGGGACGUCGUGCGGCACAAGGUCGUCGACCUCGAGCUGAGGGCGGCCGAGAUCGAGCACGUCGACAGCCUCCUGUGCUACGAGUGCCGGACUGGCGGCGUCAACGCGGAGACGCUCAAGUGGGACGAGGUGCCUCGGUCCUGCGACCCCUACGGCACGAUCUUUGAAGGUCUCGCAGGUGAUCCUCAGGCCGCAAGAGACUUGGUGCAGGCCUUUGGACUCGCCCUGCCGACACUCGUUCCGAUCCGGGCGGACCCGCUCCGAGCCGACGACUCGUUCACCCACGCCUCGGACCCCAACACGGCGACCAUGAUCUCGCUCCCCGGGCCUGCCGACGCCGAGACCGACACAUUCGGCCUUCACGUCGAGUGCGGCGGCGACCACGCUCCCGACGGGCAGGCCAUCGUCGACAUCUCGCUCUCGACGCCGCCGGACGCCAAGCAGCGCUUUCGCAGCCUCGUGUCGACUAUGCACCUUCAGCCCGUCUACGUGUCGGACGGCACGGUCGUUAACGCCGGGACCAGCAGCGCCGAGCGCGUCAAGGACGUGCGCCGCGAGGAGCGCAAGUUCAAGGAGAUCUCGGUCGACGCGCUCAAGCCGAGAUGGAAGUUCAUGGCGAUGGCGACGACGAGAUGGUAG